AUGUGCACAUCGCAUUUCAGGUCUGUACAAUUGCUAGUGGAACGGCUGGGUCUGCAGCCCCACCCUGAGGGCGGAUUCUUCUCAGAGAACUGGCGCAGCGAGAGAAAUGUCACGGUGUCCGAACCAGAUUUCAGAGUGGUCCGGUCAGCGGGGACUAAUAUAUACUACCUCCUUGAGGAGGAUGACUUCAGUGCCUGGCAUAGGCUGAAGGAAGAAGAGAUCUUCUACUGGCAUGCAGGAGGGAAAGCUCAGGUCCAUACCAUCGACAAGAGCGGUACUCUGACCACGGUCUACCUGUGUGAUGUCUUUCAAGAUGAUGACUGUGUAUAUGAAGCAAUAAUGCCAGACUCAACCUGGAUGGCUGUCGAGCCAGUAAAAGGGUCCGGAUUUGUACUUAUCGGAGAUGCUGCUUUUCCAGGGUUUGACUUCAGGGACUGGGAACUGGGCCGAGCGAGUGACUUGAUACGGGACUUCCCUGCACAUCGUAAUAUCAUCAAGCGGCUUACCAGGCAGGAAUAA